AUGGUCCCGGCUCGGAACCUGCAGCUCCUCCGCGACGCGCAUGCCACGCCCUUCCUCCGCGACGUCGCCGCCGGCGUCGACGCUGUGACGGCGCAGCAGACGCCGCACAGCCAUCACAUGGCCCAGGAGCCCAUUAACCAGGACCCGCCAAAGAACCAGCCGCCGCCGCAGCAGCAAGUACACCAAGACCAGGAGGACCGCCGCGGGGAGGCUCCAGUCGCGUUGCCGCCGCACCCCGCCGGCACAAGCGGCAGCAGCAGUGGCGGUAGCAGCAGCAACGGCGGCGGCGGCGGGGCAGGGGACUGGCUACGCCUCGGCCUCGGUCCGGCGUCCCCGGGACCCAGUGGCGCCGCUCCCGAGAUCAACCUCUUCGGGGCGGACCCCUCGGGGACGUCGCGGCCGAGGCAGGAGAUGCUCACCGGCAUGGUCGCGCCGCCCGGGGCCUUCCUGCGCACCGCCAUGCCCGGCAUUCCGCAGCCGUCCAUACAAAUGCCCCUGGCGCGAGCCGGCCCGCCCUGGCUGCCGCCGUGGAGCCCCGCCGCGCAACAUCCGCCGCCGCUCCAUCUCCCGUUCGCGCCACGCGGGUUCUACGCGCCCGGCUCGCCGGCCGCGGCCGCAUCCGGCUUCGACACGAUCAGGGUCGUGCUACCACCGCCGGCGCUCACCGCGGCCGCCGGCGUCUGGUUCUUUCUCCAGGCCGCGCCCCACCAGGGGAGGGAGCCCUUCUUGCCUCAGAUUCCAAGAAGCUACUUAAGAAUCAAAGACGGGAGGGUGACAGUUAGGUUGUUGAUCAAGUACCUGGUUAACAAGCUUGGACUGGAGGAUGAAUCAGAGGUGGAGAUUACAUGCCGAGGGCGACUGCUCCUCCCGCUGAUGACCCUACAGCAUGUCCGUGACAGUAUCUGGUGCCAGAGGGACGCCGUGUCUCCGUCGGUCGCACCGGACAUGUCAACCGCUAACCACAUUAUGGUUUUGCAGUAUGGCAGAAGACCGUAGUAGAAUAUCCCGCUCCCUUCUGAUGUCACUCACAGAAAUGUAGAUUCUACCCCUCUUUUAACCAUUUUGCUGGCACGGCUGUGACCGUACCGACAACAGGCGGCGUGACGGAUGACAAUUCCCGACCGCCUGGGCUCGCAGGCUGCUGAUGAUCUAUUAUUGGUGAACCACAGAAGAGAAGGUGUGGAAUGGAUCUUUUUUUCCUGACAAACGGCGCGGUAACUCGUUGGCAUACCAGAGGAUCUUUUUUUUUUUCCCUUGACCAUCCCUUAUGUAUACAGGCUUUGUUUUCUCCAGCGAAUUACGGGAGAAAACAGCUUGGAAGCUGCCUGACAUGAUUAGAUCAAAUCAAAACUGUCAGAGGAAGGGAUUUCACUGAAGGGUGCACUUCCAAGCCAUUUUGGCCUUCACUUCACCUGAUUUACUAAUUUGUCACAUUUUGUUCUC